UUUCACACGAUGCUCCAACAAGGCAGGAACGUUACCCAGCGUACUCACAAUUCACAGUUCAUCGACGGAGAUUUCUCUCCACUGGUGAGGUAUCUUUGAGUGUGUAGUACGGAGACGGAGUGGUACAAUUAACCUACCCGUAUUUCAGAGACAACGUCAAUUACAGUAGUACUGGUUAGCAACCGACGCAGUGUUACGAUUGCAGCAUUCCCAUGACCAGCAGUAACUCCUUAUCAACCAGGCCUUGCCAGAUUUUGAUCCGUUCCAAGACAGCGUUGGAACUCUUCGACGUCCCGGAACAUCCGAGCGAUCCGAUUUCAGCGUUGCGCCCUCCUUUGCUCCAAGGACCCACGACAUUUCUCAAAACUUCCCCCGACGGAGCCUUUGCUUACGUUCAUAUUGCUGGACACGGUAUUGUCCGGAUCGACUUGCGGGCGAGCAACAAUGGCAGCACCGCGACGGACACCAACACCGCUCCAUUCUCCAUUUCCAAAGAAAAUACUCCUACAUUCUUGUCCGAUACCGCUGCUGUCCAAAUGAUGGACGUGUCACCACUCGGGACGUUUCUGUUGACGUGGGAGCGAUACUAUGCCGACAAGAAGGAACCGAAUAAUUUGAAAGUCUGGAACGCGGCAGACGGCCAACUCCUCGCCGCCUUUGCCCAAAAGACGUUGAAACGGGAAGGUUGGCCCUACGUGCAGUGGACUCACAACGAAGCCUACGCCUUUCUCCACACGCCCUCCGAGAUUCGCAUUUAUACCCCCGAGUCCCUUUUGCACAAUCGCUACGUUGACAAUUUGCGGAUUCCGGGCAUCCUCACCCUCAAUCUACCCCGCACACGUAUCCUUUCCAGUACGGAAGCUCACAGCGCGCCUUCCUACAUGUUUACCUCCUUUUGUGGUGGUACCAAGGACAAACCCGCCCGCGCAUCGUUGCACGAGUACGCGCCCGGUACAGGCACCGGAUCCAGCAGCGCGGCCAAUCCCUAUCCAGCCUUGCUAUCUAAAAGCCUAUUUCAGGCCGAGGAAUGCGUCACGCAUUGGAACCCUGCAGGCGAUACGGCUCUCUUGACAAUUCAAACCUCAGUGGACGCUUCGGGUCAAUCCUAUUACGGAUCGUCGCAGCUCUUUUUGCUCGCCAAGCAUCUGCCCACGGUCCAGGCCGUGCCUCUGCCGCAAGAAGGUCCCGUACACGAUGUCGCAUGGAUGCCUAGCCUAGACAUUAACAAGCCUUCGUCUUUCCUUGUCAUUGCUGGUCGCAUGCCCUCACUCGCGUCGAUGCAUCAAGGGGCGGACGGCAAGGCGACCUUUCUGUUCGGCAGUGCUCAUAGGAACGUUAUUGACUGGGCACCACACGGACGCUUCGUAUUACUGGGAGGCUUCGGCAAUCUAAGUGGGAGUAUGAGUCUGUGGGAUCGCAACAAGCUCAAACUAAUACCGUCGAGCAGUGCGCAGAAUAGUAACGUGAACGGCACUUUGCGGGCGGACGCCGUCGUUGGACAUGGCUGGGCACCCAACUCGCGUGUUUUCGCCGUUAGUACCUGCAGUCCACGGAUGAACGUUGACAAUGGUGUGCGUAUCUUUCGAUACAAUGGAGACGAAUUGCUCAACGUACCUUGGAAAAACGAACAGUAUCGCCCAAAUCAGUUAUUGGAGGCGGCCUUUGUACCGGCCAAACCGCUCGUGUACCCUGAUCGACCACAGACGCCCAUCAAAGAAGGACGAGCGAACGAUACUACUGAUAGCACUUCCAUCACCUCGGACACGAUAAAAUCGGCUACGGCGAAGCCUGCUGGUAGUGGUGGUCGCUACGUACCACCAUCCAUGCGCGGCCGUGCCUCAGCUGGCGGUGGGACCGGUAGCUCACUGGCCGAACGAAUGCGUCGCGAAAAAGAAGGCAACCUGCAGAAGGCUGGCAAGGUCGAAGAUGAUAGCAAAAAGCCCAAAGCUUCGACCGUCACAUCAGCUUUGACAGGACGGUCUAUUCCUGGCCUGGUCAUUCAAUCCAAAACCAAAAGCAAGUCGGCUCUCAAGAAGGAAAAGACGAAGUUGAAACAAGCGCAACAAGACGAAGUUAACCGCAAAGUUGAAGCGCAGAAAGCCUUGCUGAUGCAAGGUGAGCCAAUCGCACCCGUUGACAUGACAAAGACGCCCGAAGCUGUGGAGCCAUCAGUAGACCCGGAAAAACGUGCUCGCAAACUCAAGAAAAUGCUGAAGCAGAUCGAGGAGUUAAAACAGAAAGCCAUGGAUACAUUAAAUGACGAUCAACAGGCUAAGAUCUCCUCGGAGCCCGAGCUUUUGGCAGAACUGGCAAGUUUAAAAUUAUGA